UGUGUGAAAAAUUGAUAACAAAUAAGAAAAAAAUACAAAAAAAAAUAUUUUAACAAUGAUAAUAUCCUAGUAAUCGGUUAAUUAUUUUUAUCAAAACCCGCGCGCCUUUCUCCUCUUAGUAAAAAAAAAAAAAAAAUAUUAAAUCUUUCCAUCGAAAAGGAUACAUUUUAAGCUAAUUAUGGACUUUAAACAUCAAAACUCAUGGAUUAAAUUACUUUUUUGUGCAACAAUCACACUUAUCAGUUCAUCCACGAGUCAUGCGCAACAACAAAAAUUCCGCGUUACCCCACACGACCUGCAAGUGCUGGAAGGCUCAGAGGCACUCUUACGCUGUGAGGUGACGAAUCAAGCUGGUGCCGUACAAUGGACAAAGGAUGGCUUCGCCUUGGGAUUCUCUGCAGUUAUACCCGGCUUUCCGCGAUACUCAGUGCUGGGCGACCGAAAGCAGGGAGUCUAUAAUCUACGAAUUUCAAAUGCAUCCAUCAUGGAUGACGCGGAAUUCCAAUGUCAAGUUGGACCAGCAAGACUUAACUCAGCGAUACGUGCUAACGCUAAGCUGACCGUCAUAUCACCACCAUCAUCAAUCGAAAUACAGGGAUAUGCACACAACUCUAAAGUAGAAGUAAGAGAAAAUAAAGAACUGACAUUAAAAUGUACCGUAUCCAGUGCCAAACCAGCAUCACAAAUUGUAUGGUACCGUGGAAAUAUUGAAUAUAAGACAGACGAUCGUGAAGAUAAAGUGGAUGAAAUUUCACCAAAACGAUUUACAACAAUUUCACAAAUCAAAUUAAAACCAACAGCAGACGAUGAUUAUACAGAGUAUUCCUGCCAAGCCAAACACAAAGCUCUGCCGCCAGAUAUGCCUAUGCGUUCAACAGUUCAAUUAUCAGUUUUAUAUCCACCUGGCCCACCAUACAUUGAAGGCUACACACAAGGUGAAACACUACGAAGAGGUCAAAUAGUUGAACUUAUAUGUCGUAGUAGAGGUGGUAAUCCUCCAGCUCAAUUAAUAUGGUACAAGAAUGGUUCUCAAGUUCGUAUGGCAUACAGGACAUCAGGACGCCUGUCAGAAAAUAUUUAUACAUUCACAGCUGAAGCUGGAGACAAUAAAGCAAGAUUCCGAUGUGAGGCUAGCAAUGUAAUGUCACAAAAUGCUCUCAAAGCUGAAGUUGAUUUAGCUGUCCUAUUUGCCCCAACCCAUGUGUCAGUGUCAGGACCAACUGAAGCGAGGGUGGGUGAUGUUGUGCCACUCACCUGUACAACUGCUCCAUCAAAUCCUCCAGCCGAAGUGAAAUGGAUGGUGGGAGGACGUCAGAUACGUAAUGCGACAUCAAGGACUUCAGUUAGCCCAGAUGGAGGUUGGAUAACAACAUCAAACAUAACAGCUCUCGUUGAACCGAAUAAGAAGUCCUUAGUUGUCAUAUGCCAUGGACUGAAUAUGCAGUUGACUGAAAAUGUGGUGUCUACACACACCGUUAAUGUUUUAUAUCCCCCUUCAGCACCUUUAAUUUCGGGCUAUGUCGAAGGACAAAUUAUUCCAGCUGGUUCUGUUCAAAAAUUACUUUGCGUUUCAUCAGGCGGAAAUCCUUUGGCUACUUUAACGUGGUACAAAAACGAUAAAAGGGUGAAUUCUGUUAUCCGGGCAGGCGAUAAGACUGUAUCAGCUGAAAUAACAAUAUUGGCAAAUGUAACUGACAACCAAGCACACUAUCGAUGCGAAUCCCACAAUAGUGCCACUGAAAUUCCCUUAUUCGAAUCUACAACUUUAAGUGUACAUUUUGCACCAGAAACAGUCAAAAUUCGUGUUGAACCUGAAGAACUUAAGCCGGGCAAUGAGGCAACCCUUAUCUGUGAUUCCAGUUCAAGUAAUCCACCUGCAAAACUAUCCUGGUGGAAGGAUGGUAUUCCAAUAGAAGGGAGCAAAAAUCAUUCAAAAUCAGGAUUAUGGGGAGGCACUGUUUCUACAUUGAAACUCAAAGUCAAUGUUACACAAGAAAUGAACGGAGUUGUUUACACUUGCCAGAGUUCAAAUGAAGCCCUUCAACGAAGCGUACAUGAGGCCAUAAGCCUUGAUGUCUUAUAUGCUCCGAAAUUUGUUCCUCCACCUUCGUCAACUGUUGUAGGCGUUGAGGGCGAAUCAGUUUAUGUUCCAUUGAUGGCAAAUGCAAAUCCAAUGUCAAUUAAAUACACUUGGACUAAGGAUGGUCUACCUAUUGUGUCCAAAGCCGGAGACUCCUUGGAUCAACGAAUAUUUUCAAAUGGCUCAACUUUGAAUAUUACAAAACUGCAUCGUAACGAUGCUGGAAUAUAUAAAUGUGAGGCAUCCAAUACUCAAGGAACUGCUGUCAUCAAUAUAACUGUCAUUGUUGAAUAUGGAACCGCAAUCAAAUCGGUUUCUGAAAAUGUCGUAGUGAAUCCUGGCGAGGAUGCAAUGCUGUCAUGCACAGUUGAGGGAAAACCAUUAAACGAAGAACAUGUUAAAUGGGAGAGAUUGGGUUAUAACAUGAGUGUAAAGACAUCAACCGCAUUCGCUAAUGGUACAUCGUUUUUGCACAUAAAAGGCGCCCAACGCGAAGACGUUGGAAAUUUUCGCUGCAUUGCUGACAAUAGAGUUGCGAAUCCAACAAACAGGGAUGUUCUACUAAUAGUUAAAUUUGCUCCAGAGAUCGAUAAGUCACCUACAUUAUUGCGCGCUGCUAGUGGAACUGGUGAACGAGGACGAUUACCGUGUCGGGCACAAGCUGCCCCCAAGCCCUCAUUUAGAUGGAUGCAAUCCGGCAAGGAACUGAAUAUCAAUCGAACUUAUAAAUAUCAAGUCGAGGAGAAGAAAAUUGAUUCUUUAACGUACGAAUCGAUUUUGAUUAUUGAGAAAGUUGCUCCAGCGGACUAUCAGGAGUAUGAGUGUGUUGCUAGAAAUGAAUUGGGUGAGACACAGGAGAAUGUUCGAUUGGUAAUAACAUCACCACCUGAAACGCCAUUGAGUCUUAAUAUUCUUAAUGUGACACAUGAUUCGGUGACAGUUGCAUGGACUCCUGGCUUUGAUGGAGGACUGAAGGCUACUUAUCGUGUUCGUUUCAGGGAAGCAACAUCCGAACAAUACAAGUACAUUGAUGGACCACCAAACAGUCACAAAAUUACCAUAACCAACCUACGAAUGGACACAUUGUAUCUUUUUUCAGUUAUGGCCACCAACGAACUUGGCAGCAGCAAAUAUUUACCCGAUCUCCAACGAGCCCAUACAAAAGAAGCACCACCUCCAUCACAGCCAGCCUCAUCCCUUGGUGGUCCACCGACUACCAGUUCGACGCCAAUAGGUGGCACAUCAGGGAUGCUGCUUCUUGUUGGUGUAGCAUCUGGAAUUAUCGUAGUAUUACUCAAUGUUUUCAUAAUUGGAUGUUGCUUGCAUAAGCGCAAUCAAAAACGGAUGAAGCGACGAGGACUUGAACUAUUGCCAGCGGAGUAUACUGGAACAUCAAACACUCCGGAUUUGGUUAUAAUUGGCAUUUCUUUGGCUGCUUUUGGAUUUUUAUUGGUUAAUGCAGCUUUAGUUGCAUGGUUUUUUGUUCAUCAAAAACGUAAAAGAGAAACAUCAAAUCAAACAAGCAAAACUGCCACUAUUGAAAUGUAUGCACCGAGUUCAUAUAACGAUACAGUCACAGGCGAGACUUUAUCAAGUGUUUCAGAAAAAAGCGAUUCCUAUUCGAAUGAAGGAAGUCAACCUGAAUAUAUCGAUGAAGCAAGGAAAAAAGCUGCCUCCACAUAUUUGGUUGAAAAUGCGGAUAUGCCACCGCCUCGAUACCAAAAAGAUGGAACUCUACCUUCUCUCUAUCCAAAUAAUUUAACAAAUUCAAGAACAUUGCCACAUCCAAGACAUAAUACAACGAAUCUUGACCAUCGAGCACGUGAUGAUCAAAUGCUCCUUAGUAAAGGAGUAUAUAUUCCGUCCCCAUCGCCGGCGCCACCGCCAGAUGGUUCUUAUUAUAAUAUGAACAGCGAUCGAUAUCUUUCCUAUCCACCUAUGGACUAUCCUCAAGUUGAUUUCCCAACUCCGCCACUGCCUCUCAAUCAUCUGCAGCAAAAUCAAGCAACAAUGAUUAGCGGCGGUGGUACACUAAGACGUGGAAUAAUGCGCGGCAUUGUUGGCGUCCCACCCCCCGAUGUCACCCACCAUACGAACAUUCAUUUGGGUCAUCCACAUCAGCAAUUAACGCUCGAUCAUUUGCACUUGGGCAAUACAAUAUCAUCGUCAACACAAACUUCUACAUCGAAUGGCGGCUCUGCCCAAAUGAAUAAUUUUUCACAAGGGCCACCACAACAACAAUCACAUAGCACACCAACACCAAAGCUGCCACAAAGUAUCCUCAAGGAUCCAAAACGUAAUAUGCAAUUACAAUCGCAGCCACCUUUAAAUCACAGUACAACUGGUCAAAUAAUGGGCAUUGGAGUUAGUCCUGGGAUGUCCCAUUCGACCAGUGGGACAUCGGGCAGCAUGCAAUUACUUAAUAUACAAAAUUCAUCAGGUAUUAGUAACAAUCUAUUAGUUGGAGGAUAUGAUCCAAGUGCGCAUAUUUUAAGUACAUUCAAUACAUCACAAAUGGGCUAUACGGAUGCCGAUGGUCAUUUAGUGUAGUAGAGAGUUUUAUUUUUCUGACAAUAAAAAAAAAAUAAAAAAAAAAAAAUUGCAUAGCAUUAUAUAGCAUUUAUAAUAAUAUAAUUUUAAUUUAAUUAAAACAAAAACAAAUUUUUUAAUUUUUUGUUUUUUAAUAAUGCGUCAGAAAUAACAAUUCUCUCCAUUUAAACAAAUUAUAUAUAGAUUUUAAAUUAAUUAUUUUUAUUUUGAAGAAGAUUGUGAAAAUAGAAAAAGACAAAAUAGAAAUUACUGAGUUAAAUUCAGGUCCUCUAUCUCCCCCUCAACAAAAAAAAAAAGUAGAAAUGAAAAGAAAAAAAGAAAUGUUUGAAAAAUUGUGAUAUAUGUAUUUUCCUUGACGCUAAUUUUGAAAUUUGCAUAUUAAAAAUAGUAAACACGUAACUUAUAAAUUUACUGACUACUGAUGAUAAUUCAAUUGAAGCCAAACAAAAUUGAUUGGAACCUUGCUCUGCUUGUCGAAAGUUUCAAUUUAAUUUUUGACAAACCAAAUUACGGUACAACUCUUAGCUGAAUAACACUGUGUCAAUUUCUUACAAAAUUGCCAACGAACAAAUUCUCGAAAUGUUGAUGAGUCUUUAAAACAAAUGAGAUUAUCUGAUGAAAAUCAAGCUUUUUAGUAUCUUUAGAAACCUGUCUGUAGAAACCUGUCUUCGAGAUCAUACUUCAUAUUCUUAGCGACAGGGUUAUUAUUUCUCAAUGUCGUUUUUAGAAUAAGGAAACAACGAUUCAGAUAAGUUAUUUUAAGCUUGAUGUAUUUCGUUUCUGGGCGUGACAGUGUACCUAAAUUCUUUCUUUCACUAAGAUUUCUUCAGCAUACAUCGAAGAAGUUGUGUAACUUUUUAAUACAUUGUAUGUGAUGUGUCUGCUGUUGUUGAGCGAAAGAGUCUGCUCCUCUACUGAGCAAAGAACAGUUGCGAUUUCUCUUCAAAAUAGCUGCUCAAUGCUCUGCUCAGUACUAAGCCUUACAGAAAUUAAAAAC